AGAUGGAGCUGUUCGAUCUGUCACUGUUCACUGUCAAUGAAAAUAUUGAAAAUUCUUAAUAAAUUAAUUCUGUUUUAGUAUGGAAAAUUGGGUUAAUAAGGAAGAGGAGGAUACAAAACCUAUAUUUGAGAUCACCGACAACGACUCACUUUCAAAUUAUAACAAUAAAAAAUGGUUACCGGAAGUUUUACAAGAUGGUUCAAGAAAAAGUGCUUUUCAACCAUACAAAAAUAUCGGUUCAGUAUUAACAAAUCUCCAAAGGGGGAACGUACCCGCUGAAACACCCAUUCCCCAACCGACGGAUAUAAAUUUUCAUACACGAGCAGGACAAGGUGAAAUCACCCAACAAGACAUCGACAGUGAACAAUCCGUUGAUAUUUGCGAUUCAAACGGUUUAACAGCCUUACAUUGGGCCUCAGCAUAUGGACAGCUCCCCACAGUACAAUUAUUACUUAAUAAUAAAGCUGAAGUAGAUAGGAAAGGACCUAAAAGUGAAACCGCGUUGUUAUUAGCUGCGGAAGGUGGACAUAUCGAUAUAAUUAGGUUAUUAUUAAAAAAUGGUGCCUCCGUUAACCACGUUGAUGAUACAGGAUGUUCCGCUUUGAUGUAUGCGGCAGCUGGGAAUCAUGCGCAUUCAUGUAAUGAGUUGUUUUUAUAUGGAGCUGAUUUAAAUAUGACUAAUUUUAAUAAUGAGACUGCAUUUAGUUUAGCAGUUGAUUAUAAAAGUCAUUUGGCUCAAUCUGUUAUUGAAAAUUUUAUUGUUUCUUUAUUAGAAAUGUAGAAAUACCUUUAAAAUGUGAUAAUGAGAGUUAGGUUAUUUUAAAAUACAAGAAGGGAUAAUUAAAAAGACAUUUUUAAACUAAAAUUUAUUAAUACGUGAAAUAAAUAAGUCGAUUUUAAAAGAUACAAGAUUUUUGUAUUUAAAACAAUUCCAAUUCCUUCUUUAAAUCCACUUGUAUUUAUUUAUUUUUUUACCGUACAUUUUGCAGCUUUAUAUAUAUUUUUUAAGUUCUUUUGGGAG